CGGGCGACUAUAUAAAUAUAAAUCUUAUUAUACCAUCUUGUGUCUUGAAUCGAAAAUUGACGACAAGAAAAAAUUAUAGUUCUUGGAACCGAGACGCGAUUGAGUCCGCCGAUGGGAAAAGUGACAUUUGCGUGUCUCCCACUCUCUCGUAGAAAUAUUAAUUAAAGGGAGGAAUGUGAUUCGCAAUAACGCCCUUUCAAUUUUACAAGAGAAGAAGAUUUCUUUGUGAUUUGUAAAAUGAGCCAGCGAAAUGGAAAUUAUAUAACUGAAGUAAGUUCCGUGAGAAGUCUUUCGUCAGAUGAUGUAUCGCCAACUAAGGGAAAGAAGAAAAAAUCAUGUUGGGCGAGAGCAACAGAUCCAGCCCAUCGUCGUGGCCAACGAAUUCAACUUCUUCAAAUGCUCGUUCUUCCAUUUAUUCCAAUUUUGGCACUCAUUGUUCAGACUGCCAAUACACUUCACGAUAUUCUUAUUUAUCGUCAAGAAGUUUCUGACAUCGAAACGCAGGUGACAAUAGCAACAGAUUUGGGUAAAGUGGUGACAAGAAUGCAACAAGAAAGAUCAGAAGUGGCAUUCUACAUUUACACAAAUGGAAGUACCUUGAGGUCCAAUUUAACGCAACGUUUUUUAAAAACUGACGAGACACUUUACAACAUGACAACAUGGCCAUUGGUUUCUGUACCAAGUGAUGAAAGCAAAACUGCAACCUAUGAUGUUGUUACGAGAGAAGCAUUUCUAGAGCAACUCAAUGAUUUCAGAAAGAGAAUCAGUUCCGAGGAGAAAAGCAUAACAGAAGUGAUGACUUGGUAUACGAGUGUAAACGCAGCAAUGCUAGAUCAUUUAACUAAUCAAAUUAAAGAGACUGAUAAUAGUGGUGUAUGGAGAUAUCUUAUUGCGUUCAAAAAUUUGUUACGAAGCAUCGAAAGCCUUGGCAUAGCCUCGGUUUACGGAAUCAAUUACUUUGGCCGAGGAAUCCUUGUGGGUGAAAAUUAUGUCAGCUACGUACGCCACGAUUCAAUUGGACGAGAUCUUCUUAACGGAUCUCUCACCUACGUGCCAGGCCUCAAACAAUUUUACAGUAAUCUCACUCGUACUAUGGAUAAUUAUGGACUUAUUAAAUCAAGACGUGAGGAGAUACUGAAAAAUCGAAAACGAGAGCCGAGUGUAAAUGACGCCAUCGAUUAUUUUGAUUCGAUGGCUACAUAUAUUGACGAACUUCGUAAACUUCAGAGAGAACUACGACGUAUGAUAAGAGAGUACGUUAAUUCGAAUCUGAAAGAUGCAAGCAGCAGUGAAGUGGCUGGAAUCGCAAUAGUGGUCCUGGUUUUAGUAGUUUCACCAAUUAUUAUAUUUUUAAUGCGAAAUGCUGUUGGCACCAUUCAGAUGUAUGCUGCAAAUUUGGCGCAAAAAGCACGUGAAUUAAAACGCGAAAAAAGAAAGAGUGAUACACUUUUAUUUCAAAUGUUACCACCAAGUGUUGCUCAACAAUUAAAGCAAACUCAACAGGUACCUGCCGAGUAUUACGAAGCUGUUACUGUAUAUUUCAGUGACAUAGUUGGUUUUACGGAAAUUGCUGCAGAAAAUACACCUCUCGAGGUUGUAACAUUUCUCAACUCAAUUUAUAAACUCUUUGACGCGCGAAUUGAGUGCUACGAUGUUUACAAAGUUGAGACAAUAGGCGAUUCGUACAUGGUCGCUUCAGGCUUACCAGUUAGAAAUGGUGAUAAACACGUUUCGGAAAUUGCAACAAUGGCUUUGGAUCUAUUGGCAGCAUCUUCUGUAUUUCAAGUACCAAAACGACCUGGAGAACGACUACAAAUUCGAAGUGGAGUACACACGGGGCCAGUUGUAGCUGGCAUUGUUGGGACAAAAAUGCCACGUUAUUGUUUAUUUGGUGAUACGGUCAAUACCGCGAGUCGUAUGGAAUCGACUGGAGAAGCUCUGAGAAUUCACAUCAGUUUGGAAAUGAAGAAAGCAUUGGAUGCAGUCGGUGGAUUUAGAAUUGAACAUCGAGGACUUGUUGACGUAAAAGGCAAAGGAUCAAUGGACACUUAUUGGCUAGUUUGUAAAGACGGUGGAAUUGCACGAGCAGCUGAAUUAGAUUUACCAACAUUUUUCGAAGAUGUAAGGCCAGUUUUUAUGCGUCGUCUUCGUGAGGAAGGCACUCUCUGA